UUUAAAUAAUUUUCACCUUAUUUUGGCCGAGGUCAAACCAAACAUUCUUCUGUGUCUUCAGUAUGCUCCUCUUCCUUUGAAUUCCUGGAUGCGAUUUUAGAAGAGAUUCCUUCACGGUAUCUUCAGGAGUACUUCUUUCCGAUCCUUGCUCCAUUUCUCCAGAAAUUUGUAAUCCUUCUGGAAAAUUAUUGAUGGAACCCGGUGGAGCAACUACAACAUCCACUACAGAGGAUGCAGCAAGAGAUUCUGUACAUAAAGACUUCUUAUUAAGUGUAGAGUUAGGAUCGUUUAAGCUCGAAAGAUUACUCUUGCUAUCUUCAUGACUGCUCUCACUGAUACAUGUAUUCACCAUAUCUUCGUUAUUCUGACCGCUAAGAGGUAUUAGAGGUUUAAUCUCUUCAUACAUCUUAGAGAUGUAUGAAUUAACAAGUGUGUUAAUCGCAGUUAUAUUUUCGACAUCAGAGGGCUUGAAGCCUUUGAAGUCUUUAAUAUCAACAGUCUUCUUGCUAAGAGCCUUUAUUUUAUCACGUUUUUCGUUAGUCCAACUCUGAGCAAUUUUUCUCCUUCGAAAAGACAUCCUAAUGUUUCUAUUAUUAGUCCCCUUGCUGAAGGACAUCACUAGGAAUGAGAGGAUCAGGAGCAUGAAGAAGAAGUACUUCAGAUUUGCCAUAUUGAAGAUAGAAAUUCCUAAUUCUGCAUCCUCAGUGAUAAAAUCGGUGAAAGUAUUGUCAGACAUUUUUUAA